CCCUUUUGACUACAAACCAAAAACGUUUUCCAUUUCCGCCAUUGCUGCUAAUUUCCCCUCUUCGAUUCCUCUGGCCGCCAUUAGGGCAUCGAAACGCUGCUUCUGAUUCUUCUUCCACGUUUGAUUCUCUUUACUUUACCCAAUCUGUACUUGUAAAGAGGAAUUUGGGGGGUAUCCUUUUGGGCAUUUUGAGGAUGAGCGCUUCGAAGUUCAUUAAAUGCGUCACUGUUGGAGAUGGAGCUGUUGGGAAGACCUGCAUGCUCAUAUGCUACACCAGCAACAAGUUCCCCACUGAUUAUGUUCCCACAGUGUUUGACAAUUUCAGUGCCAAUGUAGCUGUGGAUGGGAACAUUGUCAAUUUGGGAUUAUGGGACACUGCAGGCCAGGAAGAUUAUAGCAGGCUGAGGCCUUUGAGUUACAGAGGUGCAGAUGUCUUUGUACUAGCUUUCUCAUUAAUUAGUAGAGCCAGCUAUGAAAAUAUCCUUAAGAAGUGGAUGCCCGAACUGCGUAGAUUUGCACCCAAUGUUCCAAUCAUUCUAGUUGGAACGAAGCUCGAUCUCCGUGAGGACCGACGAUAUGCAAAUGAACAGAUGGGAUAUGAUAUCAUUACAUCUUCUCAGGGUGAGGAGCUGAGAAAACAAAUUGGUGCUUCAGCUUACAUUGAGUGCAGUUCUAAGACACAGCAGAAUGUCAAAGCUGUAUUUGAUACUGCCAUUAAGGUUGUUCUGCAACCUCCAAGGAGAAGAGAGGUCACAAGAAAGAAAAGGCGCCGAGGAUCUGCCUGCUCGUUUGCCAGGAGCAUCAUUUGUGGAGGCUGUGCUGCCUAGCAGUCUAGAACAUGUCGCGGUGCAAGCUUGGAGUGAGAGUAAUCCGAUUUGUGGAGGCUGUGCUCCGUGACGGGUAAAGCUGCUGUCUCCCCAACAGCCAAACACACCUCUCUAUGUAUGUGUUAAUCUGUUUUGUGCCUACAUUAGCUUAAAUUGUAGUGAUAGAGGGAGGAGGGUAUCUGAAUCUCCACAUUUUAACCACAACUUGAAAAUUGGAGGGAACUGUUCAUUCUCUCGAGAACUGAGGCAGGGUAUAUAUAUUGUAGCAUUUUGUUAUUAAGUUCUCGAUCUGUUUUCAUUCAUUUCUAUAAUGGCACGUCGAUUAUGAUACGAAAACAUCGGUAGUUAAGAUGAUGAAUCUUGUCUGAUAGCUCGAUCAUAAGGCUACGUAAUACAGAAACUCAACCUAUAUGGAGACUGCCAUGACUAACAUUCAGUGGAUGGUUGUUUUUUUUCGUGGUCGAGUUGGUCCUUGAUAUACCUUCCAUGGAUUCCUUUGCCAUUGGAAGAUUUUGCUUUUCUUUUUUACAGUUGGAGGUUAAUUACAUCAAUGAGUGAGCAACUUCAACUCCCAAAAUCCAAAAAUGGGUCAUGUUUGGUUCAACUGGUUUGAAUGCAGAGGGUCCCUCUGUUGUACUGUAAAAUCAUGAAAAGUGGAUCUCAACAGUUUGUGCUGCAGGUUUUAUCCCAUCUUCCUGGUUUCUGAUUUCUGAUUCCUGUAAGGGUGUGUAAAGGCAGUAGGAACUGUUUGGGAGUCAAUGUUUCAACUAUGAGUUGUUUUGUAGUUCUCAAUUUCACUUUAUAAAUAACUAUUUUGAUUAUUA